AUGGUCGCGAGUCAUCUUAGCAACUCGGUCCUCGUGUUGUAUCGCUCGUACCCAGGAAAUCCAGGCUUAAAAGAAUAUCUGGAGUGUGCAAUAGAGGAUGGAAUUUUGCCUCUAUCCACUUUUGUAUCCACUUUGCUGCAGGCGGCUAGAUCCCCCGAGCUUGACACCCCAACUACCUUGGAUCACCUUUGUCAAAUCGCUCUGGAAGUACAGAAGAGGAGUGAUUCACAGGGGGCAAAUUCUUUGAUUCCCUAUUCAGAAUCUCAGAUUGUGAUUCUUCAAACAAUUCAAGACGGUUUGGCCUUGUUAAGGACUGUGCACACCCUUCCGAUCUCACAGCAUCACAACGAACUCGCAAGCCGGACGGAGGAACUUGUGCGCCACCUACUAUGCUUCGCGUCAGAUCUUUCUCAGGUUUCUGUUGCCCAAGCCUGUGUCAGCUUUACAGAUGUCAACGAUUUGUUGAAUAACUUCCGUUUCAACCUUGAGACGAGGCAAAUGUUGGAGUCAUUCUCCAUACUGCUUGGACUGUUGAUUGGGGACGAUGCCAAAGUUGCGAGGGAGGCCCAGAUGAUGCAAUCUCUUCAGCUCGCCCUUGGCAAGGGUGACACAGGUGGCCCAGCUUCGGAUACCGAUGUAAUAACCCUAGGUCUUGUUCAUCACUAUCUGGUAGUUAUUCUAUGCAUUGAUAUUUUGCUGAGGUCUCAAAUGUCAAAGGUAUCCCACAGGGCACACGAAUUCGGUGCAGGUAACACCCCCGGUGUUGUGACGCUGCUCGUUUACAUAUUCCGGUGGUCAUCCUGGACGCCGACAGUGUUUUACACUCAACUCAUAUUAUCUGCCUUCAUCGGUUUAACCCAACAUCCUACUGAUUGCACGAUCUGGAAAGCGUUCAUCGUUGGUCGACUCCCAAAUCUCAUCAGUGCUUUUGAAGCAGUCGUCAGUGCCGAUCACGCGAUGGUUUCUGACUGGCGAGGUGGACUCCGCUCUGGAUUAGUAUCCGUCUUCCAGCAGCAUGAUGUCAUUAUUCAAUGUGAUCACACACUCUCUGAGGGAGGAGGAUCAAAUAUAAUCACCGAAGAGAAUAUGCCUUCCUCAUUCACUCGGGAAUUUUUGCAGCAAUUCGUCAAACUUGAAUUAAUUGACAAGAAUAUGGGCGCUCAAUUAGACCCUUCAAUAUCCAAAGAAAACAUGUCUAAGUUGUCGGAUACCCAUGAUACAAGCAUGGAUUUCUCGUUGUAUCUAGAAUCAAGGUUGACACCAGACAUGGUUAUGAACGAUGCGCAGUCCUGGCUCGAUCGUAUCUGGCGUGAUGCUGGGAGCCACACCACCUUUGGAAAUUUCGUUUUGAAGAAAUUUUCAUCCCUUGUCGCUGCCGUCGAGGUGGAAUCCUUGGGUCAGUUGUGCAAGUUGCUCUAUACACACGCAAUUGCCUUGGAUAUUGUUGCACUACAUGUCAAAAUAUCCGACUUGCUAUUUCACGCGCUUCUGUUCCUCGAUAGCUACGAUUGCGAAACAAUUGGCGAUCCUCAAACCGCUGUCAGUCAUCUCGGAGAUGUUGUACUUUUUGUGCAGUACACCCUCGCGCAUUUUCAGUUUGACACGACGACGUUCACCAAGGAUGGACGAUCCAUUUCUGCAGCGUUUCUCAAGUCUGCGUUUACAGUAUAUCCCGUUGAAAUUUUACCCCCGGACGAGCUUUUAUCGUUCAACGGCUGGUUCAAGGCCAUCUUCGACAGCAGUAGCGAGGGUAUAGAGGAUACCAUCCUACGGUCCACGCAACCCAAGACUCUUCUGCGCAUAUCAGCCACACUUUUUUCGCAGGCUAUAAAGGCUGCCUCGGCUCAGAAAAUAGACAAGGACGUUCUGUUCAACGGGGUGUCAUAUUUCACUGGACCUCUGCUGAAUUGGACUCUUGUAGGAGUGAUCAAAGCACUUUCUCAGGAGAUACUAUUGAAAGGGUUAUCUGCUCACAUCCACAUAGAGAUCCUUCAAACCCUCGUACUGUCGUCGUCCUGCCCUCAGCCUGUGCUUGCCCUGUGCAGUCCUCAGAUAUUGAGACUUCUAUCAGAGUUGGGGAAUGGAGCGACAACAUCGAUGAUUGAUAUUGAUGUUUGGGCGAUGCAACGGGCCGUCCGAAACGCCAGCGGUUCUAAAGCCGACAAUGACCCAAAUUCUCGGGUACAAAUCUGGCAACAAGACCCUCAAAGGGCACUGCAGAAUGUCUUUCUACAAGCACGUUCACACAAAACACCAGUCCUGGAUGUCGAGCGUUGUCUUCGGAUGAUUCCGGUAACCAAAUUCCUGCAGAUUAUGUGGAUGGAACUUUUCGAGUCCGCCAAGCUUGGGGAAAUGGAGUCCUGCAAACGAAUUGCGACGUUUGUGCUAACGAUGCCGCGAUGUUCCAACGUCCCUCCCCUGCUUCCCAUUUUCAUGCAUCUUGUAUUACCCUCUCUGAUCGCAGCCGCCGAUCGUCAGCAAGCACAAGAACAGAACAUCAGUGUCGAGCUCUUCGUGGCCGUGAUCUCUUCCGUCCUGUCAGCGGCCUUGCACCUGGAAUGCGCGAUGGCCACGGUAUAUGGAAAUGAUCGUGUCCUGCUUGGACAGGCAAGUUCCGCGGUGGCUCGGAGAUUGGCUGCUGAUCUAGGUAGUAAAAGGCGUAGUCCUACCUCUCAAGACAUUGUACAGCGACUUGUGGCAUCCCAGUCAUUUACUGCUAAUUUUCCAAUGUUUAUUGCUGAACUAUGA